AUGUCCCGCGCGUGCGCGUCGUCGCGCGUCGCGCUCGCGCGCGCGUCGCGCGCACCGACGCGCAAACGCGCGCUCGACCGCUCGACGCGGUCGCGCGCCGUCGCGACGCGCGACGACGCGCGCGCGGACGUCGAGAGCGACGCGUCGGCGUUGUCCCGCGCGCUGGAAUCGAUUCGCGACGCCGACGUCAACGUCGUCGUCGUCGAGCGCGACGACGCGCGGAAGCGGUUCGUCGAGCGCGAGUCGCUGGUCGAGGCGCUGCGCGCGUCGGCGGCGUUCGAGCGCGCGGUGACGUUUCGAAAAGCGCCGACGGUGGAGGAGACGGCGCGCGCGCUCGCCGUCGCGGAUAACGCGCUGGCGAGGGACAUCGCGACGUGCGUGAGAGCGUUCGUGAACGUGGUGCCGGGCGCGGAUCGGGGGGUGAAGGUGACACUGAGUCUGUUGCGCUCGACGCUGUGCUCGCGAUUACACGUCGACCACACGAGCGCUCGAAUGAUGGUGACGUUUUACGGCCGAGGGACGGAAAUUUGCGACGCGCGAACGAGCGCCGCGAUCGCGAAGGCGAACGCGGAUGGUGGAAAUUUUGUGACCGAUGCGUUGAAGACGUUGGCGGAGAAGUUUGCACCUCCGAGAGAGAUAAGUACUUGCGACGUGGCGCUGUUGAAGGGCGAGCGAUGGACGUACGCAGACGGCUCGACGUCAAAAGGUAAAGCCAUCGUGCAUCGUUCGCCGCUCAUCGACGAGAACGAGUGGCGAUUGACUUUGAAAGUUGACGUGGUAAACUUUGGAUGUGAAUGCGAAGAGGAGCACUAG